GGAUAAUUUUUCGUCAAGCAGCCCAAACAAACGUACCCGCGAUAGAAACAAAGGUCUCGUUUUGUUCACCUUCAGCUUUGAUUUUCUUCUCCGGCUGUCUUCAACCGUCUCCGGCCAUUUCGCCGCACCGACGACCAUCCCCAGCCCAGGCUCUGAUUUUCAUUGCUCUCUGGAUCUCUCACCCUCUUUCUCACAGAUCUCGCAGCUAUCUCCAAAUCUCACAGCUCAAUCUCUCGCAUCUCAGUCACAGGAUUUGAGCUACUAUGCCUUUGGAAGCUUGAUGAUGGCAUUGCGUUUCACGAACGAUGCUCAUGCCAUUAUGCCAUAAAACUUUGGAUAAAGAAAUGGAGACUAAAGCCUGAGCCAUGCAUAUCACUAACAGAUGACAAUAAAGGUGGUACAAAAAGAUGGGAGAGAAGAGACCUUGGUUCAUUAAGUUUAUUCCUACUUGUAAUUUUGAUAUCUUCACCAGCUCGCGCACAAUGCCCUUCUUUACCUUCAAGCCCUAGCCCCAGCCCUACAAAAAUGGUGGGACCCAGGAGACACAUCCUUCCACUCUUCCUCUUCUCUGUCUCCGUCCUCUUCUUCUUCUCCUACUACCACUCCUCUCUCCCCUUCUCCCCAGACCCAAACCCUAAUUUCACUCUCCUUGCCCAAGACCCAAACUCUAACCCCAAUUUCACCUUCAUUGUCAAGGUCCUGACCUUCAACCGCCUUGAAUCUGUUGCUCGCUGCCUUCGUUCCCUCGCUGCUGCCGACUACUGCACUGACAAGGUCCAACUCCACGUCUACAUUGACCAUUUUGCACUCGGGGAUGCAUCUUCAAAUGUUGGUCAGAAGUUGCAGGAGUCACAUCGGAUUUUGGAGUUUGUAGACGGGUUUGAGUGGAAAUAUGGGGACAAGCUAAUCCAUUACCGGACUGCCAAUGCGGGCCUGCAGGCCCAAUGGUUGGAGGCUUGGUGGCCCAGCUCGGACAACGAGUUUGCGUUUGUUGUGGAAGAUGACUUGGAGGUCUCACCACUUUAUUACAAGUUUCUAAGAAGCUUGAUUGUGAAUUACUAUUACAAUGCCUCCAACUAUCGUCCAUACAUCUAUGGGGCUUCGCUGCAGCGACCGAGGUUUGUCCCAGGUAAACACGGGAACAAAAUACAGUUGGAUGAUAGAACACGACUCUUCUUGUACCAACUGGUUGGCACUUGGGGUCAGCUUCUCUUUCCUAAACCUUGGAAAGAGUUCAGGUUGUGGUAUGACAAUCACAAGGCAAAAGGCAUUAAACCAUUUCUUGAUGGCAUGGUGACAACAGGGUGGUACAAAAAGAUUGGAGAAAAGAUAUGGACACCUUGGUUCAUUAAAUUUAUCCAUACUCGUGGUUAUUUUAAUAUCUACACCAAUUUUUUACAUGAGAGAGCGCUUAGUGUCUCUCACAGGGAUGCUGGUGUUAACUAUGGGAAAACAGCUGGGCCUGAUUCCCAUAUACUGGAUGAAAGUUCUCUUGAUUUUGGUGUUUGGGAUAUGCAACCGUUGAGUGAUUUGAGGUGGUAUGAUUUUUGUUUCAGAGAAAUAUUUCCCGAAAGAGUUGUUGGGAGCCUUGAUGAACUUGGGUCUGUUCUUAAUUCUGUGCAGAAACAAGACACUGUUAUUAUUGUGAGUCUGUUUGGGGUUCCAGAGAUGGUAAUUAGGAACUUGCUCUGCCACUUUGAGAGUCUAAAUUUGUGGCACUAUGUACUUAUUGGCUCCGAAUCUGACUUCCUGUUUGAUCUGGCAAGAAGAGGACAUCCAGUAAUUGGUACAGACCAGUUUCUAAGGAGUGUAGGAGCUUACAAGUUGAUGUCUUUCCAGGAUUCUAAUGUGGAAAUGAUCAAGGAAGUAUUAGUCAAGGCCUAUGCACUAAAAAAGUGUUUAGAAUCUAGGUACAAUAUUUGGGUGGUGGAUGGGAACAUGCUGCCUGUCAACAGUGACCUAUUUAUUGAAUCUCAUCCCUCGUAUGAUUUCUAUAUAGGGAAGAGCUCGGAGCUUUUCUUUGCCAGAAGAUCAUCCUCUGCACGAAGUAUUGGGGGCAAUGAUUUUAUAUCCAAAUUUGCAAUGAUGGUGAACUCUUUGCUAGCCAAAAGACACAGCCUAAGUUUUGGGUAUAUAAUGGCAAAGUUUUUGGAACAGAAGGGUGUGAGGGUUAAGAAUCUUGAUGAGACAAACUUAGGUCUCAGGAUCGGUAACGGUAACGUUAAUCAAUCCUUAGGGGAUGGAAAACAGAUGGUAUUUUGGUCUAGUGAUAUGGCUUCAGAUUUACUUCAGAAGCGGCUUCAAGAAUUGGGUAUUUGGAUUGUAAAUGAUGACUUUUCUUGCAAGGCUGUUGUUUGUCACAAGUCAUAGCAUCUUUUAGCGGUUAUACACAUUUUAUCUCUUCAUUUCAUUGUAACCUAUUUGUAUUUUCAAUUUUGUUAAAGCUCUUAUAUUUUUGU